AUGGGAUUAUCAACAACUCCACAUCCAAAACCCUACCCAUUGGGAUGGAUACAGAAGGAUACUGAACUUCAGGUAUCAAUGCAGUGUCGAUUCAAAUUUUCUAUCACUGACAAGUACAUUGAUGAGAUUGUCUGUGAUGUAGUGUCAUUGGAUGUAGCACAAGUUAUUUUUGGAAAUCCAUAUUUAUGGGAACGUGACACUGUUCUCUAUCAUAGAGAGCGUGUAUAUUUGUUCAAGAAAGAUGGAAAAUAUUUUCGGAUUCAGGUUAGUAAAACCCAUUUACCCAUGAAACUGGUUACCACUAACCAAGUCAAGAGAUUGAUCAAUGCUUGUGGGAAGUUCUCUUUAUUAAUCAGGCCUGUGAUCAAAGAGGAAAAGAAAGUGGUAUUACAUACUGCACUUUCCACCAGGCAACAAAGUGAAUCAAGUUCUCUAAAUAAGAAGUUUGUGGAUCUGUUCCAAGAAGAAGUCAUUAUACCACCCAAGAGAGGUGUUGAGCAUGGAGAUGCAAUAUUCUUCACCAAACUUGAUCUCGAAUCUGGUUAUAACCAAGUGUGA